AUGUCCUCGGCCGCUCGUCAAGGGCUCCUCGUCCCGAGGACGGCCCUCACGCCCUUGUCCCGAACAUAUAACUCCGCCUUGCGAACCUGCCCCGCGACGAGCCUUGCGGCGAGGACGGCGCUGCAGUUGCGCAUGGUGGGAAGCGUGAGGGACAUGGUCCGUACGACGCAGGCCAAGCUCCAGAAGGAAGUGAAGAAGGGGGAUGCUCAGGCGCCGACGCCGUCUUCCGAAAUGCAGGCGAUGACCGACCAAAUGCGGAAUCGCAUGCUUUUGCCCGGCACAUUCGUCGCCCUCCCCCUCUCCCAAUACCCCCGCCAACCCCUCGCCUUCCUCAAAUACCUCUGGGCCAGCACCCGCAGCACCUGGGAAGCCCGCCUCAUAACCUGGGGCUACCGCCUCCAGUCCAUGCCCAAGGGCUCCUUCCGCCCGGCCUUCAAGCCGCAAACCCGCCAGAUCGUCCCCACCGCGAAAGCCCUCCACCGCCGCCUCAACGAAGCCCUGGCCGCCGGCGACCUCGUCGCCCUCCGCGAGGUCUGCCACGAGCCCCUCUACGACAUGCUCUCGCGCACCGUCGACUCGCGCAACGCGAAGCCGGGGGCCAAGAAGGAGAUCCUGGAGUGGGAGGUCGUCGAGUAUCAUAACUCGUGGAGGCUUCCGCGCUUGAACUACCACCGCGUUACGUUGAUCCCGGAAUCGAGGUACGGCCAGCAGACCGCCGUCGUGACUUUUGAUACUACGCAGAGGUUGACGAGGAGGGACGCCGCGACGGGAGAGGUUAUCAAGGCGGGUACCAAGGCGCAGAGGAAGAGGGAGAACUUGGUGCUCAUGAGGUCCGUGGAUGGGAGGAAUUAUGAACCGGAGGAGUGGAGGAUAUGGGGCUUUGUGCCCGAGACGACGCUUCAGGCCUGGGAGACGAUGGAGAAGGGGAAGAAGGCGCUGCAGACUUCGAGUCUGGCGAAGAAGGCGAAGGAGUUUGGUGCUGAACUGAAAUAA